AUGGUGGGGAUUGCAAAAUUACCGCCGGAGGUUAUCCAGCAUAUUUUUGAUCAGCUUUCGACUGCGCCAUCGUAUUCGCACCUGUACUGGGUAGACGCCAGUUUCAAGAGCAAGCUGUCAGACUUGGAGGCACUCAGUCGAACAUGUCGAGCUUUUCGACAGCUGGUCAGGCGAAAUCUAUUCAGCUACGUCUGGCUGGUGAAACCCGGACAUAGCCACCUGAUUUCUCUCAUUAGAGGUUGGGACUCCCGCCCAUAUUGUACACAACAUGUGCGACGUGUGUGCAUUCCUAUCCACGCUCCAGAGCAAUCUCCUCGGCAGCAAGAGAUGAGAUUGUCAGAUGACGAAGUUCUGUUUAUUGAAGAGACACUCAGUAAAAUGAGGCUUGCAGUUCACCCAAAAGGAUGGAAUCGUGGCGGCCAUUUCAACAUACUUGCCAUAAUGGUUCCUCUCAUGGCCAAAUCGUUGAGAGAACUUGAGAUUGAGUACAUCUUGAGUGAAAAUCACCGAAACCAUGAUGUCUCGAACAAACUUCUCCUGAUGGAAGAUGACGUCUUUCCAAACUUGGAAACCCUACGCAUCAAAUGCACACCUCGCGUGGGACGAUUUCCAAUGGAGCUUGUCAAAGCUAUCUCAAAGAAUGCCCCAAAAUUAAGAUCUCUCAAGAUACAGCAUUUCGACGACGCAUGGUUUGACGGAUCGCAAACUUGGGAAAAGCUCACCGAUAUUUCCAUCUGGUCGAGUUUAAACAUGCAACCGUUCAUCAUGGAAAUUAUCUCGACGCCAAAGCACUUAUGUCAUUUCGGACUUGACAGAUGUGUGUCGAGUGUCAGUCAGAUGGUGGAUAUGAUUGACGCGUUGGUCGAGCACAAAGAGACACUUAAAGCUCUAAGUGUCCGGUUCCCCGAUCGAUCGACUGGAGAAACAGCGAGUCUGCUUCUACACAAGCUCUGUAAUCUGGAAACCUUCACGACGCAGUUACAGGACGAGCACCUUCGGAGACUCAGGAAGACGGGCAAAUAUCGUAAUUUGCAAGUGUUUGUUUGUGAUACUUGGGAGGAAAAGGAAGGAGAAGAAAAACUCGACUUUGAUGGACGAGAUGAGGAUUCCGUCGAGAAAGGGUAUUUGGGAGAGGCAGUCGACUGGCUGUACUUGAUGCCGUGA